CAGGGUAACGAGGGCUCUGAGAACGAGAUUGCGUAGUUCUCUGCUAGAGAGAGAGCAGUAUUGCCCAUUUUCAAACGCGCGCACCGAGUGGUUAAUCUCCUUUAUCGCGUUUAAAUUGCAACUUUAUGAUUACAAAGUUUUUUUGCUCAUGAACUAACCCCAGGGUCAUUCGACUCUUAGCCAAAUUCUCUCUCGUUCCAGGAUUCUUCCGGAUUGAAAUUAGAAACACUCUCAAGUGACUGGGGUUUCAUUCCGGGAGUCUGGUCAUGAGUGACGUCACGGAAUCAAGUUGAAUAUUUUGCUUGUGUACAAAUCCAUUUUUAGAUAGAUUUUUUGCCGACGGUAGCUCAUGGUGGUUCUACGUCUGGGCUGUAACAAAAAUAGGCUCUGGUAAUUUAGCAGAGUAUCGCUUGCUAUUGUAUUGUCCUGCAGGACCAGUAGCGCACAAAAAGUUUCAAAAGUUUAACGAGCUAGUAGAUCAAAGCUGACAAGAUGGCUUCAGAUCAAGACCUGUUGUUCAAGACGCUCCUCAUGUCCAUUUCAAAUCAACUCACGACAGAAGACCUCGAAAAAAUGAAGUUCGGUCUUGAGUUACCUCAGGGCACCUUAGAAGACGUGCAAAAACCGUUCGAACUCUUUCGUCGAAUGAUGAACGCUAAGUUAUUGUCUGCCGAAAAUCGAGGUCACUUGGCGUCCCUGUUGCAGUUUGCUGGUCGAUUCGAUUUGUGUAACGAGCUGAUGCAACACCGUGUGUCCCAGUUUGGGCCAACUGAAGAUGCCCGUCAGUGCUAUGCCGGAGAUCUCCCUUGCAGGCCUCCUCAUUUUUACGGCAGGAGCCAAACUUUGGAUGAAAUUGUUGAGGUACUCAGUAAAAACAAUGGCCAACGCCUUGUUAUUAUAACCGGCCCGCCAGGCUAUGGAAAAUCCUGUUUAGCGCAAACAAUUGGACACACGAUGAUUGAAAAACAAUUCAAGGUCAUCUUCCUGUGUUUACGCGAGAUCAAGUCUGUGGAUAAGAUGUCUGCGAAGAUUCUACUUGCCUUAAACGUUUGCCAGGGACUGGCCAACAAACAGUGUGACUUGGCUAAGUCGCAUUUAAGGUCACUGACCACAAAGACUAUAUUAAUUCUUGACAACGCUGAGGAUCUUCUUAGUCAAGAAGACACGAGACAUGAUUUUAAUAAUUUUAUUGACCACGUGGCCAAGUUCGCGCAGAAUGUGAAAUGCGUCAUUGCUUCAAGGGUGUGGUGCCCAGCCUCCUCUCGCCACCCCGUCAAACUGCUCGCUUUAGAAAAUGACGCCGCAGCGGAACUGCUCCAAGUGAAAGUCCAAGAAUGCACCAUGUUAACAUUAGAAGACCAUGAGGCCACGACUAUUGCAAAUCUUUGCUUCAAUGUCCCUCUCAUUUUGAAUGCGGCCGCCGCCUACUUAGAAUUCGUUAGUCCGCAGAAGUUGAUUGAAAUUUUGGAAGAAAGUUCUGCUCCUAUAAACUUAGCUGAUAUGGAGGAUUUGUCGCCGGAAUUUAAAAUGAGGCGCUUUCUCAAGGGUUGUUUGCAACAACUCGGUCAAGAAGACCAAGAAGCCCUGGUCUCCUUAGCGGUCUUCCCAGCGGCGUUUGAUUAUGAACAGGCAGCGCGCGUGUAUGAUUCACCCAGGCUUGACGUGACUUUGAUGCAGCUAGUAAAGAGGUCACUUGUCCACUGUGAUGUGAAAUCCAAGCAGUAUUUUGUUCACCAAGUGAUUCAACUUUGUUGCAAGGAAAACGCCGAGAACGACGAGCGGUUGUGCGCGUGUUACAACAAAGCACGAGAGAGGUUUGUUGAACAUUAUUUGGCCCUUAUCACAGAACUUCAUCGGGGCUUUCUAAGCAGAGGCCACAUGCAACAGAACCUUUGUCGUUACUUUGCAGAGGAACAGUAUAUUAUACAAGCAAUUUGGUGGGCGGCAAAGGGUGGUACAGCGCUCGCCACACGCUGUGUAGAGAUUCUCAACAAUGCUGUGAUUUUCUUAGCCAAAGUCAUGAAGAGGAGUGAAUUUGAAGAAGUUUACGAGCUCGUAUUAAGCGCAUUGCAAGGCGAUUUGCGUUUAGUUGCCGACUGUCUUACUUGCGUCGGUAUAAAACAAAUCUACAGCUGUGAAUGCCAUCGAGCAUGCAACGUCACGUCAGAGCGAGGCUACAGGGUUCUACAGAGAGCGUUAGAGAUUUACGAUCAGCUAGACCUGACCGAGGGAGAGCUGGUACUACAGUGCUACAGCAAGAUCGCCCGCUGCAUGGCCAAGAAUGGAAACCCGUCAAGAGCACUGGAACUGAGUGCACGAGCUCUUGAAGCGCGGGAAAAGAAGGGAGAAGAAGAACCCCUGAAGUAUGCGGCUUGUUGCAACGACAGAGCAGUUGUUCAAAGCUCCUUGAACAACCACGUGGAAGCCUUGAGUCUCAGAGAACGCGCCCUCAGUGCCUAUAUCGACCAACUAGAUGAUCAUCCGUUCACUGGAACGCUUUAUAACUAUCUGGGCAAUGAUUCUCUCGCGCUGGGCAACUUUGAUAAAGCGGUCGAGUAUUUCUCCAAGGCGCUGAUUAUCAGGAAAAAGGUUCUUGGGUUUUACCACCAAGAGACUGCUCGUUCUCUCCAUGAUUUGGGUGUGGCCUACAAAAUGAAGGAAGACUUUGGGAACGCCAUGAAGCAACUUGACGAAGCGGUCGCGGUUCAGGAACAGUUAUUUGACGUCCCACACGAGAAACUCAAAUCACUGCAAGAAAAGAGUGAGUUAUGCUGUCGGCUGAAUUUACCUGACUGUGAAGCAGCUGUUCAGGAACUACAAGUGAAAAUACAGGAUUGCAAGGAACAGAUGGCACAGGCCAAAGAGUUCAACAACGUGAGACUGGAAAGAAUUAUGAACUUUGCCAGCAACAAUAACGUCAUUCCGUAGAAUUGCAAUUAUGGAUGUUUCAUCAGUCAUGGAACAGAGUCAGUUUAUAUUGGACUACGAGUAGUCCCUCUUUCGCUGAGUCCGUCAUGCUUGACGCGAAAGGAAACCGCUUGAAAAAAAUGGCCUCGCGAAAUCCUUGGGGCGAGAAGCGUGCUAUUCGCAGCCCCAGGAUUUCGCGCGGCCAUUUUCUCCUCGUGGUUUAUUUACGGACUCAGCGAACGAAGGACUACUUGUAGUCCAGUUUAUCUAACUCAUGGUAACCGUUGUUUGUUGUUUGUGAGCGCCACUCGUUUUCCAAGCCGAACCUCACCCCUGUGUGCUCACCACUACGACUAUGUAUUAUUACUUUAAGGCUGCAAAGAACAUGGAACUGAUCGGUCGCGAAGAAACUGAUUAAGACUGGGAACAAUCUCAGAUUUCUUUCUCAGAGAUUUAGAAUUUAAAAGUCAGCCGAAGAACAAAUCACUUCUGCAUGUUUGCAGACUGUCAGAAGCCAAAUUGCAACAUCUCUCUUUUCAGGUGCCCAGCUGAGGACAGUUGAGGAAAACAAGUGCUUUUUUCCGCAAAUCUUGCGCUCUUUCCGAGUCUUAUUGUCCAAUCAGAAUUAGCGCGCACAGUCUUAAAGUCGUGACACCUAGCAACGUAAUAUCGAGCAAAUACCACGGACUCAAUUCAUUCCUCUGUCAAAAGAUCAUCGGAUGAAAAAACUGCGCCUGAUUCACCUUGACCGAAAGUGUUUGGAAGGAUAAAUUGAGCCAAAGGGUACAAGCAAUAUGAAAGUUUUUCCACAAGCUUAGUUUACAUCGUUACCGAUCGCGAUUAAAAAGUAGCGGCUAAUUGUGAUUUUGUAGUUUUAACUGAGUUCGUGCCAUACGAACGCAGUUAGAAGACUAAGUGGAUGAUCGCAUGUACUGCCAAGUUAACCUAAGUUAAAUUCAUAUAUCAGGAGGUUUUCCCUAAGUGUCGUGACUUAUUUUUCAUGCGAGAGUCAGACAUCAGUUUUAUAGUUGGCUUGAUAAUUCAAUAUAGUUUUUUGCGGACUUAAACAUGUAGAUGUAGAUGUAGAUGUAGAAGAACCUUGUUCAAUCCCUGAACUCUCCUUUCCUCCCGCACUUUUCAGGGGUUGAACUCAGGCGGGGCCAUGCAAGUUAUUCUGAACUCUCAUUUCUUCCCGCACUAUACAGGGGUUGAACCCAGACACAUGCAUGUUAUCCUGGACUCUCUUUUCUCUCGCCUGGGUUCAUCCCCUAUAUAUAUAGGGUGGGAAGAAAAGAGAGUUUAGGGACUGAAUUAAGGAGAGACACGGCCAGAAGUGCGUUGAUGAGUUCUUGUCGAGAGCCUUAUUUAAUAUUCCAUUUGCUAUUAGAAUUUGUGUUGUAGCCGUUGUAUCGCUAUCUACUCUACGACAGAAAAAUUGAAUUUUUGCUGAAGAGUAGACGGUUGUAAAAGGAGUCUAGGUUGCAAAAUUAAAAAUAGUGGUAAACCGACAUACUAAAUGACAGGCUUUUAAGUAGCUUGUAAGAACUGUGAAUUGUAACUUAUCUUUAUCAACAAAACUUUAAAAUAGAAAUAAUGUGAAAAUAAGUCCGUAAGUAGGGCAUAUUCCUAUGUCACGUGAUCAGGUUAUGUUGUUAACCAGCUUCUGGCACGAAGACAUCCUAGCUCGUUCCCAGUCAUUUCUCAGCGCGCUGAUGAGCAACAGUAUUCUCUCUGUUUUGGUGAUGCCAUUCGAUAUAGUAGAGUCCUCCAAACAGGUACAGGAACAUGGGCAAGUAAAACUAUACAAGACGAAGAUAACCCGAAUCUUGUUCGAUAGCCUCUGGAUCCGAAUCUUAUUAAAGGCGGCAAAAAACGAAGCGAA